CCUGUCCAGACCCAGAGCACGCGUCUGCCAGCUUCACGCCGUGAUGCCCAGACUCAGGUUUCAGGUCCCUCUGUGGCCCCGGCCGCGGAAGCUGCUCCGACGGAAGAAACGCGCCGCACGCGCCUGCCAGUUUCACACCGGAAUGCCCAGACUCAGG